AUGUUUAUGUGUUACCGGUGUAAUAGUGAAGCCAGGGAUGGUGUGCAGUGUACGAUGUGCCUCAACCGUUUCGAUUUCCCAUGUGCAGGAAUAACAGAGGCAGGAUAUCGCAAACUUGGGGACAGAAAGGCUACUUGGAAAUGCAAUACCUGUAAGACAGGAACUGCGAGUCCUAAUCUUUCUUCCGAGAAAACAGUACAAGGAAGGGUACCAUCUUAUGGUGAUCUGGAGAAUAUUCGUCUUGAGCUUAGUAAGAUUACCAAACAAAUAUCGUCAUUACCACAGUUAAUUGCAAGUGUCAAGACUAUCCAGGCUGACAUCUCAGAUCUUAAGGAUAUGAAGAGUGAAAUGUUGGACGUUAAAAACUCCUUGAACCAUGUGCAUACUUCGACUUACUAA